UUUGUGUUCGGCACCAAUGGCACCGCCGGGGCCGAGUUUGCGCCCCACACCGCCGAUCGCUGGCUGCCGAUUGGUGAUCCGGAGCGAAAGUUUAAAAUCUACUCCGCAUACUUUGAUCCGCGGCUAGAGGUGGUCGAAUCGUACCUCGUUCCGGAUGGAUAUCUGCCGUUUGGCAGUGUGCGCGUGUUUGCCAUUCUGCCGCUCCAAAUCCGCAAGUCGGAUGUAUUCUGCAACUUCAGAUCCGAUAACACGUAUCAGGCGCAGCACCGGGCCGAUCAAGUAGUGCCCGUUCACGAACACUGGGACAUGGAGUACGCCGCGAGCUACGUGAUUUGCAAGCUUGCCGGAAGUGUGAGCAAACGGGAGGCGCGCCUACCGGAUGAGGUGGCCCUAAGCUAUCUGCCCGAGCCGAGCAUGCGCGAAGCGACCGCCUUCGUUCGGAUACAGUACUCCCGCCCGGAUAUGCUCUUCCGAUCGUCGCCGGCCCAAUCGCUGGCCGUUUGUGUUGGACCGCUGCACCACAACUUUGGGUACGCACUGCGCAUGGUGGAGUUCUUCGAAUACUACCGUCUGAACGGCGCGGAACGGUUCUACGUUUACAACAAAUCAGCUACCCCCGAGGCGAAUGCCGUGCUCGAGCACUAUCAAGCCGCGGGCCUGGUGGAGGUGUUGGAUUGGCAUUUUGAUGGGUACCAGUUUGAGCAGGAUCUACGCUACGAGGCCAUCUUCGUGGCGCUGAACGAGUGCUUCUACCGUGCCACCGUCACCGGUGGUUUCCGCUACACCGCUAUCGUCGACUUUGACGAGUUGCUGUUCCCGGCGGGCGAGGGAGAUGAUAACGAAACGCUGCUCGAGUACCUAGAGUCGAAAGACCGGUACGACGUGCACUCGUUCAACUUUCAAGGUGUAUUUUUCUACGACAUUUACCGGCCCGAUUACGCGACCGUACCGCGCUGGGCAAACAAUAGUUACCUGUACACGCAGGUCCGUACCGUGCGGACCAAAAACCCGCUGCUGCAUCACAACCGCAGCAAGUACGUGAUGAAGGGACGCAAUGUGCUCGAGGCCGGCAACCACUUCGUCUGGCACGCAGUCCGAGAUACCCACGAGUAUCCGGUGCCGGAAAGCGAAGGACUGCUGCUGCACUACCGUGACGGCAACCUGGGGUACGACUACGAGGUACACGUCAUAGAUGAUCGCGUCCGGAGGCGCUUCGGUCAGCAGCUUUGGCGCACGGUCAACGAGCGCUGCGGGCUCAUAUUCCCCGGCCCAGACGACCACGGUCUGUGCCCGGUGGGCGAAGACUACAAUAAAUCGUGGUAA